CCAACAGUAAGCAAGACAUGCCAGCAGAGCUCACUGGAGCAGGGAGACAUCCCGUCAUCCCCUCGGCACCUGACAAGAAGCCAACAUUGCUGCACAGAGGGAGACAAUCUCAACAUCCAUCACUGCAUGGAGGGGGGGGGGGGGGUCUUCCCAAAGACCAGCGUCUCUGCACAGAGGGAAGGGAUCCUCCCGAAAGCCUGCGUCCAUGUGAAGAACGGAGACAAUCGUCCACAACCACCAUCCAUCGUCCCCAUGGUGGGACGAAAGUGGGAAUGGGAUGGUGGAGUGUAUACGUCACUUGUAGAUUUCUAUUCCAAGAGAAGAGAUGUCCGGAGUAGACAUGUUGUGCAUCCUGCUAUGAUGUCCAUCACCAAGCCAGAACACUCCGAGGCCAACCCUCAAAGCCAGACUGGCAGCCGGCCAGUGGCUGAGCCUGAGACCCCUGCUGCUAAGAACACACCAAACAAUGGUGGCUGGCUCAGCUGGGUCUUCUGGAGGGGAAAAGAGGUUAAUCCGAAGGAGGAUCAUCUACCCGAGGAUAAAGACAAAUCGAUUGUCUGGGAUCCAACCAUGCACAGAUGGGUUGACAAAACUGAGCCCAAGGCUGAGCAAAAGCCUGUGCCACCACCUCCCCCGAUGGGAAUUAAUGGAUCUAUGGAACUCUGGCAGUCUCCCCAAAGGUGUGAAUCCUUACUCCAUGAAAGCAGUAGGUCUAUGGGACAAUUAUCCCAGGAUGCUCUACCCUGAUGGGACCACCACAAAGCGUCCAAGCCAGGGACCUGGACUGCUCCCUCCCUCACACUCCACCCUCAUGGCGCCUAUGGCUGUGCCAUUUGAGUCUGCUCAACAUAGCUGGCAGAAUCUUGCCCUUGGCAUUCUAUCCUAUUGAGGCAAUUUUCCCAGAGUGGAUUUCUUUAUAAGGGGAUUUUUCUGCAUUUUCAAAGAAUAAGAAAAAUAUUUAGCAAAGAAAAAUAUUAUUUGCCGAUAGUCGAAGGCGUUCUUACAGUUGAAAUCGGAAGUUUACAUAUACCUUAGCCAAAUUCAUUUAAACUCAGUUUUUCACAA